AUCCCAAAACACCCCCAAAAUCAAAAUAUGUGUGGUGACAAACUGGAUUGAGACGCCUCUGUGAUCGCUAUUAGGGUUAAGCUGAAAAAAAACAAAAAGCGUGAAUAGCAGCCGCCGCAGCACCGUCGUCCACGCUCCAUCUUAGCCAUUUAGGGUUCUUAACCAGUUUUAGACUCAGAGGUGUAAAUCCAUAGAGACCUGAAGGAUCAUAUAUGGGGUCGUCGAAGGCGCGGAGCAACCACAAAGAGAAAGUAGUUCGUCGCAAAGAGGAAAAGGUUGAAGAGGCAGAACAAGCCCCCAAAUAUCGAGAUAGAGCCAAGGAGCGUAGAGAAGAUCAGAAUCCUGAUUACGAACCUUCUGAAUUGGGCUCUUUUCAUGCCGUUGCUCCUCCUGGAAACGUUGAUCUCUUGUCAGCUGAAGCCCAUAGGAUUUCCAUUGAGAAGAGCAAGUAUCUUGGAGGUGAUGUCGAGCACACACAUUUGGUUAAAGGCCUGGACUAUGCUUUGCUCCACAAGGUCAGAAGUGAAAUAGACAAGAAACCAGAGAUUGAACAAGACGCUACUGAUGGCAACUCUAGAGUGUCGUCUAAGGAAGACCAUCCGGUAUCUUUCCGCACUGGAAAUGCAAAGGCUGUGUAUCAGUGGAUAGUCAAGCCUCAAACUGCUGUCAAGCCAAAUGAUAUGUUCCUUCCUGGAAGAAUGGCUUUCAUUUUUGACAUGGAGAGCGGGUUUUCUCAUGAUAUUCCGACCACUGUCCACAGAAGUAAAGCUGACUGCCCAGAGCCAGAGGAAAUGGUUACUGUCAGUGUUGAUGGGUCUGUGCUUGAUCGGAUUGGGAAAAUUAUGUCAUACCUCCGUCUUGGUUCAUCUGGGAAGAUUCUUAAGAAGAAGAAGAAGAAAGACAAGGAUAUUAAAGGAAAGCUCUCAGGUGAUUAUGACGAGAAAAGUUCAAAACUUGAUGCCACAAAACAUCAUACCGAGAGAGAAUCCCUGCCACCUCCACCUCCUCCUAAAAGAAACGAUUCCGAUGCAAAAGUUGCUCGCGUUGAGGAAGAUGAUAUUUUUGUAGGAGAAGGUACCGACUAUGCCAUCCCUAGCAAAGAUAUGAGCCACAGCCCGCUUUCCGAAGAUAUGGAAGAAUCUCCAAGAAGAAAGGAGGAGAGAGGUCCGUACUUCGAUGAACCCGCUUAUGGUCCUGCCGUUCCACCCUCUCAUGACUGGGAUCAAAUCAACGGGUAUCAAGGGGAGUGGCAGGAAUAUCAAUAUGCAGAGCAAGUUGGUUAUCCCGAGCAAUAUAUUCAGCAGCAUGACGCUCAAAUAUAUGAGAUGUCAGCGGAAGAGUCACAGUUGAUGAUGACCCAAGAAGAGAAAGAUCGGGGUCUUGGGUCGGUGUUCAAGCGGGAUGAUGUGAGGCUCCAACAACUACGGGAGAAAGAUGCUCGGGAGAAAGAUCCAAACUUCAUAUCAGAGAGUUAUUCGGAAUGCUAUCCAGGGUAUCAAGAAUAUAACCGUGAGGUUGUGGAUAGUGAUGACGAAGAUGAUUUGUCGAAAAUGGAUAUGGGUGGUCGAGCAAAGGGGCGGCUUCACAGGUGGGACUUUGAGACAGAAGAGGAGUGGGCAACGUACAAUGAGCAGAAGGAAGCAAUGCCGAAAGCUGCGUUUCAGUUUGGUGUGAAGAUGCAAGAUGGGCGCAAGACGAGAAAGCAGAAUAAAGACCAAAAAAUUACUAACGAACUCCACAAGAUUAACAAGAUACUCGCCAAAAAGAAUAUGCAAAAAGACGAUGGCAGUGGUGAUGAUGAUGAAUCUCAUCCUGGAAAGAAGCAAAGGGUUUAAGCCCUUAAACGCGUAUUAUGCACUGCGUAUCUUAUUACAUGUCAGUAUUUAAGCAUUAAACUACAGUUUCUAAAUGGUUAAACUUGCUAUCUUCUUUGUCAUGUGAUGGUUUUAGUUACUAGCUUGUCAAUAUUUUGAUAUGAAUAAACUCCUUGAUCCCAAGUCA